UUCACUUGCCUUCUGCAUCUGUCCUGGGAUGGUCACUGAUCUUUCAAUUCUGCCAACUUGCUCUCUGAACACUGUUGCCUCCCUUGAAUCAUCUUCUGCUCUAGUCCCCACCUCUCCAUCAUCAGCAUGUCCAGCUCCCAGCAACACCUCAUGCAGGGCAUGCACCAGGACCUCAGCUGCCCCAUCUGUCUCAAGCUCUUCCAGUCCCCUGUGACCACAGAGUGUGGGCACACCUUCUGCCAGGCCUGCUUGUCCCGUGUGGCCAGUGAAGAGGAUGGGGGCAAGGUUGCUCCCUCCUGUCCCACCUGCCAAGCCCUCACCAAGGUGGAGCAACUGCGGAUCAACCAGCAGAUGGAGCAUUUAGUGGAGUCCUUCAGGCAGGUGCCCCGUGACCACUGCGAAGAACACCUUGACCCGCUCAGUGUCUACUGCGAACAGGACCGGCAGGUGAUCUGUGGAGUUUGUGCCUCACUAGGCAAGCACAAGGGGCACAACAUCAUUACUGCUGCUGAGGCCCACCAGAGGAUGAAGAAACAGCUUCCUCAGCAGCAGGUCCAGCUCCAGGAAGCGCAAGUGCGCAAGGAGAAGACAAUUGCCCUGCUGAAUCGGCAAAUAGCAGAAGUGGAGGAAACAGUAUCCCGGUUCAAACGCCAAGUAUCAGAGCAGCUGGGGAUAAUGAGGUCCUACCUGGGCGCGCUGGAGACUUCCCUGGGCCAGGAGGCUGAGCGGGUGCAACACCAGGCCACUGAGGCCUUGCAAAACGAGCGCAAAACCAUGACUCGUUACCUGGACCAGCUCAAGCAGAUGGAGACGGUGCUGGGGGAAGUGCAAGAUGAACCACAGACCGAGUUCCUGAGGAAAUACUGUCUAGUCGCCAGCAGACUGCAGAAGAUUCUGGGGGAGUCUCCACCCAUUGCCCGCAUGGACAUCCAGCUUCCCAUAAUUUCCGAUGAGUUUAAGUUCCAAGUGUGGAGGAAAAUGUACCAUGCACUAAUGCCAGCUUUGGAGAACCUGACCUUUGACCCAGCCACUGCACAAGCCAACCUUGUGGUGUCAGAAGAUGGAAAAAGAGUGGAAUGUGUAGAACAUAAGCAAGCAGUGAGCCCGGAUGACCCACAGCGGUUUGACAAGUCCAACUGCCUGGUCUCAUGCCAGAGCUUCUCGCAGGGAGAGCACUACUGGGAGGUGACAGUAGGCGACAAGCCCCGUUGGUCCCUGGGCCUCAUCUCAGCUGAAGCUGGACGCAAGGGCCGCUUGCAUGCAACCCCGUCCAACGGCUUCUGGCUGGUGGGUUGCAAGGAAGGCAAGAACUACGAGGCCUAUGUGGAGCACAAGGAACCCCGGUCUCUGAAGCUGGAGGGAAAGCCCAGCCAGAUUGGCAUCUACCUCAGCUUCGAUGAUGGCAUCCUUGCCUUCUAUGAUGCCAGUGAUGAAGACAACCUGGUCCAGAUCUUUGCUUUCCAUGAGCGCUUUACAGGCACGGUCUACCCCUUAUUUGAUGUUUGCUGGCAUGAUAAGGGCAAGAACAGCCAGCCUUUCAUCAUCUACACCCCAGAGCCACAAGAGCGAUAACUAACCAUGGGCAGAAGUGAUGUUGUAUCUUCUAGACCAGCCUUCUAGAUCAGGCAUCCUCCUGAUAGCACUGUCCAGCAUCUUAGAAUUCUAGGCAUUAUGAUCCCAGGGCCUCUGGAGGACACCAGAUGAGGGAAGGCUGCUAUAAACUCACCCAUUACCUGCUCCUUUAUAACAGUGCCUGGCAAGGUGUGCAGAGAAGCUAUUUCUUACCAAAUGUCCCCAUCCCCCACCAAUUAUUGGCCAUUUUAACUCCACUGCACACAGACUCCUAAGUCAUAGCCACAUCCAAUUUGACUGAAGAAAUGUCCCUGGGCUCACUACAAGUCUGCCAUCAAAAACCUGGAAUCUUGAUUAUUUUCUUGGUUUAAAAAUAAAGGUUUAUUAUCCUU